CCCUCGAUCGCACGCAGAUCUCGGCGCCCCGAUACGCACACGCGGACGUGCUGUGUGUUACUGGAGUAAGCUAGCAGCAAUGGCGCACAACGCAUCGGCGGCGACGACGGCGCAGAAGCGCAAGUACACCGAGGAGGAGGAGACGGCCGGCUUGUGCGCCAACGGCUGCGGCUUCUUCGGCGCCGCCGCCACCGGCAACAUGUGCUCCAAGUGCUACCGCGACCACGUUCACGCCGCCACCGCCGACACCGCGGCGGCGGGGAGCGUCUUCAUCGACCCUGCUGGUUCGACCGCGCCGCCUCCGGCGAAGAAGGCCAGGAUGAUCGUCGCCGUCCCGUCCUCUGAUGGUGCGGCCGCCUCCUCCACCGCUGUGGCGGUUGACCCCGCCGUGACGCCCAUGAAGCAGCCGGCGGUGGCGGCGAACCGGUGCGCGGCGUGCCGCAAGAAGGUUGGGCUGCUGGGGUUCCGAUGCCGCUGCGAGGGCACCUUCUGCAGCGUGCACCGCUACUCGGAGAAGCACGACUGUGGAUUCGACUACAAGGCCGCCGGCCAGGAGCAGAUCGCCAAGCACAACCCGCUCGUGGUUGCGGACAAGAUGACCGGAAGGAUUUGAAGCCCACAAGAAACCACCAGAUCAACGGCGAACCGAUCAAGCAGUAGUCAUGGCGUCCUCGAGGAUAGAAUCGAUCAAUCUUCUUUAUAUUUGCUACUAGGUCUUGGAACGUGUAAAUAUUAGUUUAGGCUUACAGAGACAUCGGAAUUCUGUAAAUAUUAGUUUAGAGUUUAGAUUUCGAAGAUACAUGAAUUUGUACCGCGAGUCUUGAAACA